AUGCCUUGUACUGCACAAUACACGCCCAACGAAAUCUUCUGGGUUCUUAAGCAGUGGUUCGACUUCGGAAUAAGAGACCAUGCGGUAAUUUGUAUGGUUUUCGAAACUACCUUUGGACGAGAGUUGAAGAGAAACCAGUUGAGAUAUGUCGUGGGCAAGUACGGAAAGGACGCCGACUAUGGCUGCCCUGUUUACACGGGCGAGCCUAUCCUAAAGAUUAACAGAUGCUCCGAAGAGAUUGAGCGGCUAUCAGAAAUACCGGCUACCGCGCGUAUACAGCCAAGAACAAACCAGGAGCAAGAUGCCAACAACAUGUCGAACGAGAGGAUGGAAAUAACCGACAACGCUGAACAAGAGCCCAACAGCGAAAGCAGUGCAAUGGAGGAGACCAUGUCAUGCAUUACAGUCCGACUUUCGCCAAUCACCGACCAGAACAGCAGACAACCCGCAGCAGCACCUGUGCCUGCGGUGCCCACAGCUCCAAGAGCGCGGAGAGGGCACCGCGGAGUGAACAAGUUGCGAACCGCCCUCUCAUGGCAGCAGGCCAACGCUGAGGUGCAGGCAUACCAACAAGUUGGCGCACAGGUGCAGGCAUAUCAGUCAUUCGAACAGCAGAUGCAGCAGAUGCAGCAAAGGCAGCAAAUGCAGCAAAGGCAGCAAAGGCAGCAAAUGCAGCAUCUGCAUCAUCUGCAGCAGAAUCAGCUGAUGGCUGUGCCGCAGAACCCCACCAACCAAAUUCCCGUAUUCUGGCCGCAGGCCAAUCACCACGCUUCCACGAACAAUGUGCAGUUCAGCCGACAGAUGUGCCAGGCUCGGGGGCUCAUUCAACCGGAGACCGUUCUGAGAGGGCAGCCAGCACGGAUGACCUCAGCCUACUCGGGCCAACAUGAUCCGUUUGCCGAGUUUCCCCAGCAAUUUCCGUACGAAAGCCAGAGCCGGGGUUUGGUUUCCCAGCCAUGGCUUCACGGCCACGUACAGCAAUUGCCGGGGACGGGUUUCGCGGCGCUUGAUGUAGCGCUCGAAUCACCCGAGGUCGUCGUCGCUGCCCACCAGCAGAGUCUCUGGGGAGCCACCGAACAGGAAGCACCGGAACUCACAGUAACAGUGGAAGCGGAAGUUACCCAGCAAGAGAGAGAAGCAGAGUCGGAGGAGCCUACGGGAGAGCUACCAGCCUCCUUCCCACCAUCGCCGGGAGCGUUGCAGCAGGAUCUGCCGCUCUCCAGGGAGGAGGAGCUGGCGAUCUUUGGCUACCCGCAGGAACCACUGACCGACGGAGAAGUCGAGCUCCUCGGGGACUAUGCCGACCAUGGCGUCGCAGACUUAGAUGCCGGGGCGAACAACGGCAUUGAAGCUGCGGCCGCCGAGCCGGAUAUGUCCCAGGUGCACGAGGAGCUCGCCUCCACAGCGGCUCCGCUCAGCUUCGAAGAGUAUUUUGAAUCUCUUGAUCAAACAUUCCCGGCAGACAUUGACUUUGACAACCUGGAGCUCCUGGUAGUUACUCCUAGCUCGAACGUCGACGAAUCGGCGUUUCGAGGGACGUGA